AUGAAACCUAACCCGAUUCCUUUCCCCCUUGCCCUCAAUAUCGGCACCGAUAUCGUCCACCUGCCGCGUAUAACCCGCCUCAUCUCCCGCCCAGGAGGCUACCUCACCCGGUUUACGCGCCGCAUCCUCUCCGAGCAAGAGCAGCGCGAUUUCCGCACCCGGUUCUCCCUCCCCCCGCUUGACUCGCCCAUCUGCCAACCGAAUAUGGCCAGGAAAAUGGAUAUCACAGUUACACCAGAUAUGGCGCGGUGGCUCGCUGGACGGUUUGCAGCGAAGGAAGCGGCGCGGAAGGCUGCGAGGGGUGGUGCCAAGGGGGUAAGUUGGAAGGAUGCUGUGGUGAGUGUUGCCGAUGAUGGCGCGGAAGGAAGACCAGACAUUAUCCUUUUUGAUCGUGAUGAGGAUUGUCGAAGGGGGAGGGUUGGGCGGUUAUCUAUUUCGCAUGACGGAGAGAUUAACCGACACGACGCAACUCGAUACGACUUGCAUGCCGGAUGCCAUGCGACUGCGGAAAAGCUUGAUCUGGUAUUGGACCCGGCACGAAUUACGCAACAUGUUUGCACGAUGAAUCGGCUACAAAGCUGA